GGGGGGGAGGCGGGGCUACGCGUGAGGGAAGCCGCUCCGAUGGCGCUGAGUCUGGACCGCGAGGCGUACUACCGCCGCGUCACGCGCCUCUACAGCAACUGGCAGAAAGGAGAGGAUGAAUAUGCGACCAUUGACGCUAUUGUGGUCUCCGUGGGAGUGGACGAAGAGACCGUCUAUGCCAAGUCCACGGCCCUGCAGACGUGGCUUUUUGGCUACGAACUCACGGACACCAUCAUGAUUUUCUGCGAAGACAAGAUCAUCUUUAUGGCCAGCAAAAAGAAGGUGGAAUUCCUGAAGCAGAUUGCAAACAGCAAAAGCAACGAGAAUACGAACGGGGUGCCAGCUGUCACCCUGCUUGUACGGGAAAAGAAUGAAAGCAACAAGGCCAACUUCGACAAGAUGAUCGACGCGCUGAAGAACAGCAAGAAAGGCAAGCGCCUUGGGGUCUUCAGCAAAGACAAAUUCCCCGGGGAGUUCAUGAACAGCUGGAACGACGCCCUCAGCAAGGAAGGCUUUGAGAAGGGGGACAUCAGUGCUGUGGUGGCCUACACCAUGGCGGUGAAAGAGGACGGGGAACUCGGCCUGAUGCGAAAAGCGGCUGCCAUCACUUCCGAGGUCUUCACCAAGUUCUUGAAGGAGCGAGUCAUGGAGAUUGUGGACGCCGACGAGAAAGUACGACACAGCAAGCUGGCCGAGUCCGUCGAGAAGGCCAUCGAGGAGAAGAAAUAUCUCUCUGGAGCUGACCCUUCCACGGUGGAGAUGUGUUACCCCCCAAUUAUCCAAAGUGGAGGAACUUACAAUCUCAAGUUCAGUGUUGUCAGCGAGAAGAGCUACAUGCACUUUGGGACCGUCACUUGUGCCAUGGGCAUACGUUACAAAUCGUACUGCUCCAAUCUGGUGCGCACCCUCAUGGUGGACCCGCCUCAGGAAACCCAGGACAACUACGCCUUCCUGCUGCAACUGCAGGAGGAGAUGCUGAAGGAAUUGCGGCACGGUGCAAAGCUGUGCGAGGUCUACGCCGCUGUCAUGGAUAUGGUGAAGAAGCAGAAGCCGGAGCUCUUGAGCAAAAUCACCAAGAACUUGGGGUUUGCCAUGGGCAUUGAGUUCCGAGAGGGAUCCCUCGUCAUCAAUAGCAAAAACCAGUACCGCCUCAAGAAAGGGAUGGUGUUCAGCCUCAACGUUGGCCUCUCUGACUUGCCCAACCGGGAAGGGAAGAAACCUGAGGAGAAAACCUAUGCCCUGUUCAUCGGGGACACUGUGUUGGUGGAAGAGGAAGGUCCAGCUACUCUCCUCACGUCUGUCAGAAAGAAGGUGAAGAACGUCAGCAUUUUAUUAAAGAAAGAGGAUGAGGAGGAAGAGGAAGAAGAAGAUGAUACGGAAGGAAUCCUUGUGCGUGGUUCGCGGGUAGCCCUGCUGCCAGAAAGAACCCGGAAUGAACUGACGGCUGAAGAGAAACGCCGGGCACAUCAGAGAGAGCUGGCCGCGCAGCUAAACGAAGAAGCCCGGAGACGCUUAACGGAACAAAAAGGGGAGCAGCAGAUCCAGAAAGCCCGCAAGUCAAACGUGUCCUAUAAGAACCCGUCUCUGAUGCCCAAAGAACCGUACAUUCGGGAGAUGAAGAUUUACAUCGACAAGAAGUACGAGACUGUCAUCAUGCCCGUUUUCGGCAUUGCUACUCCAUUCCACAUCGCUACCAUCAAGAACAUCAGCAUGUCGGUAGAAGGUGAUUACACUUACCUGAGGAUCAACUUUUACUGUCCAGGCAGUGCCUUGGGUCGCAACGAGGGCAACAUCUUUCCUAACCCAGAAGCCACUUUUGUAAAAGAAAUAACAUACCGAGCAUCCAACAUAAAAACGCCUGGGGAGCAGAUGGUCCCAGCGCUCAACCUCCAGAAUGCCUUCCGUAUUAUCAAGGAGGUGCAGAAGCGUUAUAAAACCCGGGAAGCUGAGGAGAAAGAAAAGGAGGGAAUUGUCAAACAAGACUCUCUGGUGAUCAACCUCAACCGCAGCAAUCCAAAACUGAAGGACCUCUACAUCCGUCCCAACAUCGCCCAGAAGCGGAUGCAGGGGUCACUGGAAGCUCAUGUCAACGGCUUCCGUUUCACCUCCGUGCGGGGAGACAAAGUGGACAUCCUGUACAACAACAUCAAACAUGCCGUGUUCCAGCCCUGCGAUGGGGAGAUGAUCAUCGUGCUUCACUUCCAUUUGAAGAAUGCUAUCAUGUUCGGGAAGAAACGCCACACGGACGUACAAUUUUACACGGAGGUGGGCGAAAUCACCACCGAUUUGGGCAAGCACCAGCACAUGCACGAUCGGGACGACCUCUACGCUGAGCAGAUGGAACGGGAGAUGAGACACAAGCUGAAAACAGCCUUCAAGAAUUUCAUUGAGAAGGUAGAAGCCCUAACCAAGGAGGAAUUGGAAUUCGAGGUUCCUUUCCGAGAGCUGGGGUUCAAUGGCGCCCCCUACCGAAGCACCUGCCUGCUCCAACCAACCAGCAGUGCCCUGGUGAAUUGUACUGAAUGGCCUCCAUUUGUGGUAACGCUGGACGAGGUGGAGCUGAUUCAUUUUGAGCGUGUGCAGUUCCACCUGAAGAACUUCGACAUGGUCAUCGUUUACAAGGACUACAGCAAGAAGGUCACGAUGAUUAACGCCAUUCCCGUGGCUUCGCUCGACCCCAUCAAAGAGUGGCUCAACUCUUGUGACAUUAAAUACACCGAAGGGGUACAAUCCCUCAACUGGACCAAAAUCAUGAAAACAAUUGUGGAUGACCCAGAAGGCUUUUUUGAGCAAGGUGGCUGGUCGUUCCUUGAGCCAGAGGGAGAGGGAAGUGAUGCUGAAGCUGGGGAAUCUGAGUCCGAAAUAGAGGACGAGACCUUCAACCCUUCCGAGGAAGAGUAUGAAGAUGAGGAGGAGGACAGCGAUGAAGACUAUUCUUCAGAGGCAGAAGAAUCAGACUACUCCAAAGAGUCCCUGGGCAGCGAGGAAGAGAGCGGGAAAGAUUGGGACGAACUGGAAGAAGAAGCACGGAAAGCUGAUCGAGAGAGUCGAUACGAGGAAGAGGAGGAGCGCACCCUGAGCCGCAAGAGGAAGGUUCCCUCCUCCCAGAGUUCGGGACACCACCGCAGCUCCCACAGUCGCAGUCCUGGCCGAAGUUCUGCCCCGCCGAAGAAGAAGAGGAAGUAGAUUGGGGCGAUGACAAACCUUUCCCAUCAGUCAGUUGGGGGAGGGAGGCGGGGGAAAUUUUGGGGGGGGGGGGGCCCCAGAGGCCUCCCUCCAUCAGCCAGUCUUUAGGGUCCCGGGAGAGGUGGUCAGCUCCUCCUCCCCACAAACUCUUUUUUUUUUUCCCACCUUUCCAACAUCCACACCCCUUUGGCUCCCUUGUUUUGUUUUUCUGGAGCAUAUUUCGGCUUUUUUUAUUUUACGUUUUUUUCUUCCCCGCGUCAUUUUCGCACCGUUCGCAUGGACCAAUCCGCUGCGAGAGAAUUCCAAGCCGUGUUCACGAUGGACAAAAACCGUGCCG